AUGCAGGGAUAUUCAUAUAUGGCCCCAACGGGCCCUCCGCGCGAGGGGCAGAAAAACUAUGUUUUUGUCGACGAGCAUAACAGACACAAAAGGCUCAAAGUGAUGCGUGCAUGCAAUGGCUGCCGGAAGCGAAAGAUAAAGUGCGACGCCGCCACAACAAACACUUGGCCUUGUUCAGCAUGUACUCGAUUAAAGUUAGUGUGUGUGCCUCCCGCCAUCGGGCAGGAUGGCGAUUUCUCCUCGGGACAAGGCCCCGAGGGAUACCCGCCUAACUCACUUGACACGCUUAAUGCGCCGGAAUCCUCGCAUUCACUUUCAUCAUAUGCUAUUCCACAGCCCUAUCGCGACGGUGUUUCCCCCCAUGGGCAAACAAUCCCUCACUACAACGACGGCGUAGGCUCAUUUCCCAGUUACGCGCCUGACCCCGUCUCGAGCCAAUCCAGUCUUUAUGAAAAUAGGCCACCACAUUCUUCAUACCAUCCCCAGCAGAUGUUCCCUGUUCCUCACGCACAAACCAUAGGGACAACUGAAGGAGUAGAUUUGGGGGACCACGAACAUUCCACAGCCGAGAAUCUCAGCGAAGUACUGGGUGAGUUAAAAAUCGAUGAGACAGGAAUUGCACCCUAUAUUCGCCAACAGAGGAUGGACAGAUCAGAGCCGGAAAUUCCGACACAGGAUGAAACAGAAGAAAAUCUACCUCCUCUUCGCACUGGAGCUGGCUCCAAGAUUCGCAUUCCUCCAGAACUCAUGCCAUUGGAUGAUGAAGUUAUGAACUAUUUCAAGAUCUAUUUUGAUGACAUCCACCCCUAUAUUCCCGUUGUUCACCGAGCACAUCUGUAUUAUCAAUGGCAGAAUGAUCGAAGAUCAAUAUCCCCUCUUCUGCUUGAAGCUUUAUUUGCGUGUGCAGGAAGGCUAUCAGACGACCCAGCUCAAGGAGCACAAUGGUUGGCAUUGGCAACCAGACAUGAGUCUAGCUUUAUGGAUGUUCCGCGCUUGAGCACAAUCCAAGCGCUUCUUCUUCUCCUGAAGGCGCGAGAGUCACUACCCAAGAAAGGCUACUAUUACCGAUCGUGGCAAACUGUCAAGACAAUUAUAUCGAUGGCCAAAGAUUUGGAUAUCCAUGAACAUUACAACAUUCAUCUCGAGGAAAGAACCUGUAAUCUAAACCCAGUUGAGUGUUUAGUUCGAACCAGAGUAUGGCAGGCCCUUUUAGUUGUCGAGGUCAUGAUAGGUGCGCCGCAAGGUCGCUCGGACUAUGGCGUGGAUCCGCAAACAGUCAAUAUGCAACCCGAAUUAGAUAUCAAGAACGUGGAUCAAUUCGAAAUUGAUCGAACCAGGCAGUAUGCCUAUUUCGUUCGGAACGCUCAUCAUAUACGUAUACUUACCGAUGUCUAUCACAAAAUCAAGAGGCAAAAAGACUGGGGUUCUAAUUCUAAGUUCGUUGAAAACAACCCCCUUUUCGCUGAAUGGUUGCAAAGCCUUCCUCCGGAUUUACAGGUCAACUACCCUCCGAAUGGUUCCCCUCCAUGGAUCCCUUCUCACUUUGUCGGUAAUAUGCAUUCGCAUUGUCAUUUGGGCAUAGUUCUUUGCCACCGACCCCAAUUGCUUGCCUCAAAGUUUCCAGCAAAUGGAAAUUGGAAAAUGCAUAUGGCGUUAUGCUACUCAUCUGCCAAGUGUCUCUGCAAACUUCAAGAGGCAAUCCUGUCUCGUUUCGGGCUGUCUGGUCUUCUCUUCAUGCAAAGAGGCAUUAAUUUCACCAUUUACUGUAUACUGACAUGCACAAUGCUGCAUCUCGUUGCCAUAACAUCUCCUGACCCUGACUUCCACACUGACGCGCGAGAUUAUUUCACUCGCCAUAUGCGGAUACUCGAGCGAUGUUCAUCGGCUUGGCCGAUGCCAGAGAUACAAGCACAGAUCGAUUCUUUACGGCUUGCAUUUUCCGCCAACAUAAACCGACCAUUUGAGCUCAAACCCACGUUUCCUUACGGAAGCCCAUCAGAGCCGUACCAACCCAGUCCUACUCUAGAGACACAAUAUCACCCACAGCCCAGCCAGAUCUCUAAUAUACAAGAAAGAGCGGGCUUUCACCCUUAUCCUAUAACUCCUCCGAUAUCGGCUGAUACCGAAGACUCGAAGGCUGGUACGCCUCAACUACAAUCCGCCAAUAUACUUGCGACGCAUCCUGUCCAUACAGAAGCUCCUUUGGUGGAUGAGAAUAGCUGGGAUCCGACUCGCAUCAUUAAUCAAUGGGACAUGGCAUUUUCAUUUAGUCCUGCUGUGAAUGCAAACUCCCCGCCGAUGCCAAUGCCUGGAACAUCACAAGGGGCGCAACCUGCUUUGGUGGACCAGUAUGCCUUGCAAUAUCAACAGCCAGCAAAAAUAGCUGCCACACAACCCUCAUCGGUCCCACAGCCGCAGAUAAAUGGCCAACAAGUGGUGUUUACAGCACGCGAUUGGCAACAAAGUGUGGCAAGCGUAUAUGAUCCGCAUGGCUUGAAAAGGCGCUGGAACUACUCUGUUGACUUGGGUAUGGAUAAUAAUCCUAAGCGCCAACGUUGA